UUAUCUCAUCUUUAAGUUGUCUUAAUAUAUAUUUCUAUUUGAAUUGAAAAUAUUGACAUUGAUUUACAAUAAUUAAUAAAGUUUUAUGAUGUGGCGUCGAUAUUUAAUGUGGUUUGCUCAAGAACAUGUCGACUUUCGUCAUGCAGAAAUGCAAAGUAUACUUACGCUCUACAAUAUUCCUAUUAAAUACGUAGAGAAACCAUGUAUUAAAAAACCAUACUGGAUUGUUGAGGUGCCUUCGGAGGAAUUCAUUAAAAAAAUCGCUUCUAGGUCUGUUUUGAUUAAAAAUUGCAUUGAAUUAUGGGGUAGAGCCAAAACAGAGUCUCAAUUACACGAAAACUUGAGGAGUGCUAUGAAAAAUGAUACGGGACAGUGGAUAGUGAAUGAAAGGCACAAUACAGAAAUAAGUGAUGAGUAUAUUUGCCCAAGUGAACUGAUACAAUCCUGUUGUUCUGCUGAUAAGUCUUUUAAAGUGGAAAUUGAGACAUUCUGCAAACAUUUCUCUAUGCAAGAAAAAGUUAACAAAAUUGAGACAUUCAGUUAUUUACCAUUAGAGGGCACAGUAAAACUAAAAAACCCGGAUGUGACACUGGCCUAUUUGGAGUUUUAUGGUGUAGAUCCAAAUAAUGUGCCUGACAAACCAUAUGACUUGUUUUUUGGAAAAUGGGUAGCUGAUGGUCAAAGAGAUCUUAUCCAUGUUCUAUCAUUAAAAAAACGGCAAUUUAUUGGAAACACCAGCAUGGAUGCACAGCUGUCAAUAAUAAUGGCCAACCAGGCAAAGGUGAAGACGGGUGAUCUCUUGCUGGACCCCUUUGUAGGGUCUGGUUCCUUACUUGUAGCUGCCGCGCAUUUUGGAGCAUACGUGUUGGGGUCCGACAUAGAUUUCAUGAUGUUACACGCACGGACGCGACCAACACGCGUCGGACAAAAGGAACGCCACAAAGAUGAAAGUAUACGCGCCAACAUGAAACAGUACGGCACAGAAUCUCGGUACUUGGAUGUGGUCGUGAGCGACUUCUCACUGCCCAACUGGCACGAGCGGCUCACGCUUGACGCCAUCAUCACUGACCCCCCGUACGGUGUUCGAGAGCCAACAGAAAAAAUUGGUAUAGAACGGGACAACUAUAGUUUGUCAGAAGAGCAUCUGGUGAACCAUGUUCCGUCUAAAGUGGGAUAUGAACUAGCUCACAUCUAUAGUGACUUGUUGAACUUCGCGGCGAGGCAUUUGGAGAUGGGCAGACGUCUGGUGUGCUGGUAUCCUUUUGUAAGGGAGGAGUACCAAGAAGAUCAGCUGCCGUCGCAUCCAUGUCUGCAACUUGUUGCCAACUCCGAACAGGUCCUGUCUAAAUUGACUGCCAGAAGACUUCUAACGUACGAAAAGAUUCAUGACGAAGUUCCCAACAUGCCGCUCGAUCCCAACGGUGGAGUUCACAAUUUUAGGGAAAAGUAUUUCUGCGGGGGCGAGCAAACGCGACGAGAAAGGAAGGAAAGGCGUGCCGAAGAGUUAGCUAUAAAUGCCGCGAACAGAGCUCUUAAACUCAAACUUACAUGACAUAACAUUAUAUAAAGUAUAGUUGUUACACAAUGAACUGGUUUUCUUAAUGAUUCCCCUUCCUUUCUUACUUAAAUAUUAUAAAUGCGAAAUUGUCUGUCGCGUUAAAUUUGAUAAUUAAUUGAUAUAAUAUAAUCGAGUACUUUAG